AUGAAAGGCGCUCUGAUGGACAUCAUCCAGCUUGCCGCCCUGGACUCUGACCCCUGGGUUCUCAUGGUUGCCGACAUCCUCAAGUCCUUUCCUGACACCGGCUCCCUCAACCUUGACCUAGAGGAGCAGAACCCCAACGUGCAAGAUAUUCUAGGAGAACUUAGAGAAAAGGUGGGGGAGUGCGAGGCCUCGGCCAUGCUGCCGCUGGAGUGCCAGUACCUGAACAAGAACGCCCUGACCACGCUGGCCGGGCCACUCACCCCGCCCGUGAAGCACUUCCAGCUCAAGCGGAAACCCAAGAGCGCCACGCUGCGGGCCGAGCUGCUGCAGAAGUCCACGGAGACUGCGCAGCAGCUGAAGAGGAGCGCGGGGGUGCCGUUCCACACCAAGGGCCGGGGGCCGCUCCGCAAGAUGGACACCACAACCCCGCUCAAAGGCAUCCCGAAGCAGGCCCCCUUCCGGAGCCCGACCGCGCCCAGCGCCUUCAGCCCCACCGGGAACCGGACCCCCAUCCCACCCUCAAGGACGCCGCUGCGGAAAGAAAGGGGCGUGAAGCUCCUGGAUAUUUCUGAGCUGGACAUGGUUGGUGCUGGCCGAGAGGCAAAGAGGAGGAGAAAGACCGUGGAUGCGGAAGUGGUGGAAAAGCCAGCCAAGGAGGAAACGGUAGUGGAAAACGCCACGCCGGACUAUGCGGCUGGCCUGGGGUCCACACAGAAACUUGGGUCUCUCAACAGCGAGCCUGCCCUGCCCUCCACAAGUUACCUGCCCUCCACGCCCAGUGUCGUGCCUGCCUCCUCCUACAUCCCCAGCUCCGAGACGCCCCCAGCCCCGUCUGCCCGGGAAGCGGGGCUGCAGGCCGGCCGGCCAUCCGAGGAGCCCAGCACCCCGAGCCCCACACUGCCAGCACAGUUCAAGCAGAGGGCACCCAUGUACAACAGCGGCCUGAGUCCGGCCACGCCAACCCCUGCAGCUCCCACCUCGCCCCUGAGGCCCACCACACCUCCAGCCACCACCCCCACUUCUCAGGCCCCCCCGGUGGCCAUGGUGGCCCCACAGACCCAGCCUGCGGCCCAGCAGCAGCCUAAGAAGAAGCUGUCUCUCACGAGAGAGCACAUGUACGCUGCCCAGGAGAUGUUCAAAACGGCCAACAAGAUCACGAGGCCUGAAAAGGCUCUUAUCCUGGGCUUCAUGGCUGGCUCCCGAGAGAACCCGUGCCAGGAACAGGGUGAUGUGAUCCAGAUCAAGCUCAGUGAACACAUGGAGGACCUGCCCAAGGCGGAUGGCCAGGGCAGCACCACCAUGCUGGUAGACACUGUGUUCGAGAUGAACUAUGCCACGGGCCAGUGGACACGCUUUAAGAAGUACAAGCCCAUGACCAACGUAUCCUGA